GAACAGAAACCAAGUUCCCCGGCAACGAGCAGCAUCAACCCGGCGGGAGGCCGGAGCCAGAGAGGCCCAAAAGGCUGCGGAGAGAGCCGGCCGCUGAGUGUACAGCGCGCCCCCCUCCUCCUUCUUCCUUGGCCGCCCAGCCCUAAAUUUCGACCAGCUUUUUCGCCUGCGGAAAUCCUAGGAAGGGGGUUAGGAGCAGCUGCACCCCCCUCUCUGAAGCUGCCGCCCCCUGACUUUUCGGCGCUGCUCCCUGCCGCGUGCGCCCGGGCAGUGCACCUCGGCAGGCCCCAGCCAUGUCGAUGCUGCCGUCGUUCGGCUUCACGCAGGAGCAAGUGGCGUGCGUGUGCGAAGUUCUGCAGCAAGGCGGGAACCUGGAGCGUCUGGGUAGGUUCCUGUGGUCGCUCCCCGCCUGCGACCACCUGCACAAGAACGAAAGCGUGCUCAAGGCCAAGGCCGUGGUUGCCUUCCACCGCGGGAACUUCCGCGAGCUCUACAAGAUCCUGGAGAGCCACCAGUUCUCGCCACACAACCAUCCCAAGCUGCAGCAACUGUGGCUGAAGGCGCACUACGUAGAGGCCGAGAAGCUGCGCGGCCGGCCGCUGGGCGCGGUGGGCAAAUAUCGGGUGCGCCGAAAAUUCCCGCUGCCGCGCACCAUCUGGGAUGGCGAGGAGACCAGCUACUGCUUCAAAGAGAAGUCCCGGGGUGUGCUGCGGGAGUGGUACGCUCACAAUCCGUACCCCUCGCCUCGUGAGAAGCGGGAGCUGGCCGAGGCCACUGGGCUCACCACCACCCAGGUCAGCAACUGGUUUAAGAACCGGAGGCAAAGAGACCGGGCCGCCGAGGCCAAGGAAAGGGAGAACACCGAAAACAAUAACUCCUCCUCCAACAAGCAGAAUCAACUCUCUCCUCUGGAAGGGGGCAAGCCGCUCAUGUCCAGCUCAGAAGAAGAAUUCUCACCUCCCCAAAGUCCAGACCAGAACUCGGUACUUCUGCUGCAGGGCAAUAUGGGCCACGCCAGGAGCUCAAACUAUUCUCUCCCUGGCUUAACGGCCUCGCAGCCCAGCCACAGCCUGCAAGCCCACCAGCAUCAACUUCAGGACUCCCUGCUGGGCCCCCUCACCUCCAGUCUGGUGGACUUGGGGUCUUAAGUGGGGAGGGACUGGGCCUGGAAGCAGUGACUAGGGACACCUGUAAAUAGAAAUCAGGAACAUUUUUGCAGCUUGUUUCUGGGGUUCUCUGCGCAUAAAGGAAUGGUGGACUUUCACAAAUAUCUUUUUAAAACUCAAAACCAACAACAAUCUCAAGCUUAGUCGCCUUCUUCUCUCCGACUCUUGCAUUUCCCAUCUCAGUGCAGAGAUCAGGAAAACAAAAACCAAAAACCAAAAACCAAAAAAACCCAAACAAACAAAAGCACCCAGUCACCCAGUCACCCAGUCUCGGUUCUGGGCAAUCCAUGUGCCAGCUUCAGUAGCUUUUCUUUCUUUUUUUCAGUGAAUGGGAAUUACAAAUCAACUGGAUUUUAAAUAUUUCCUUUUAAUUUAUUUAUGGAAAAGUCUUUUUGGAAAGAGGAAAAGGAAAUGAAGAAAGAGAGAGAGAAGUCAAAAUAGUGAAAAUAAGACCCUCCAGCCGGGAGGAACUGGUUGCAUUCUUAAGGUGAAUAGAAAAAAUAUGAUUUUACAACCUUUUGAUGGGGAAAAAUUAAGUUUACAUUUUUCAUUAUUUAGUGUUAAACACUUUUAUGUAGAUUAAAAUGAAAGAACAGUAUUAGGGGGAAAAAAACACAAGUGCCUAAAUGUCUUAAUGCUCUCUGUGUAAGGCAGUUAGAAAUAGCAGUGACCAUUAGUAAUACAACUAUUUUUGUCAAAUUUAGUGGGGGUUUUUGGUUGUUGUUUGUUUUCUUGGUUUUUUUUUUUUUUAAUGACAAACUUUAGAAAUGUACCAAUGUGAAAAAAAAAAAAAAAAAACCACUUUCCUGAAUGCCAUAACUUCUCAUGCCCUUGAAGCUUUCAUAUCUGUAGCCUACUCCUGUUAAGGGUUUCCCUUGUUGCUAGUUUCUAGCCUGCAAAAAUAUAUGACAAAUCUGGCAACCUGGUAUUUGUUACUAAAACAGCAUGUGUUUUCAGGUUUCUUUUCUAUUGUACCUAAAUCAGUCUAAAUUAAAACUUAGUAGAACACCAGGAGUACGAUUCUGUUUCUGAAAGGUGAGUUGUGCAUUGCUGUCAUUGCCCCCCCCCCUUUUUUAAAGCUUUCUUACUUAAUGGUUGUUGUGAAUUGCAGGGUACUUUGAAGGCCACCACCUGAACCAGGAAUGGUGACUGAAUUGAUUAUGUGACAGAAAAAGAGUGAAGCUAGCUUUGGGGUAUUUAUUUUAUUUUUUUUUAUUAUUUAGAUAUGCAGUUUUGUUUACCACUAGCUCUUCUCCACCGCGUUCAUAUGUGAACUCAACCCUUUUGUAUUAACGAAUUUAUAACAAGACUGUGAAAGUAAAAUAAUUUAUCUGCUUGGGAAGAAAAGGGGGGCACUUGAACAAGGAUAACAACAUUGUGAAUUAAUCUGUAUAAAUAGAAAGCAGACCAGUAGGACAGGAGCUCUUUGCACUGCUGCCGGAUAGUGUCCAGAAAAAUCCCAGUAAUCAUGUAGGCUCCAUAUUAUUUUUGCCUGGGGCAAAAAUGAUGUAUCUUUGUAUUUAGCUUUUAAAUUUAGUGAAACAAAUGGCAUUAUUUAUUAAAAUUCUACUCAGGAUAACA